AUGCAUCGUGUACCUGAAGUCGUGAAGGCUCGCCGUGAGAUGACUGACCUGGAAGACGACUUCCUCCAAUGGUUCCAGUAUGCCGGCUACGAUGAUUUUCGAGAGAAAAUAAAGGAUAGUGAUUCUCGUGAUCUUCUCAUGAAGGAAGAGAUCGAGUAUUUAUUCAAUGAGACUGUGCACACAAAUGCAUACCAGAAAUGGUGUGAAUUCUCCCAGAAGUGGAGCCUUGAUGCCUACAGCGCCUUUCCAGGAGUUGAAGAAAUCAUCUAUUUUAUUCUCACCUUACGGUGCGCGGAUCCCGAGGGGCUGAGAAAAGCUCAGCUUACCGCGGGGAUGCGCCUAAUGAACAAUAUUCGCAUAGGAGAGUGUGACUUCGGCGGAACCUUGUGCGGAUACAGUAUCGAAGUUGGACGAUGCCAUUGUCUCGAUUUACAGGAAUCUCCAAGUCAGCCAGACAUUCCAUCUCUACUCAGCAAUUGGGUAAUGGCUAUCGACAGCAGUGAAAUCGAUCUCAGAGCGCGAAGCCCGGGUCAAGUGAACCGUCACUCUGGAGGAGACUCGGUUAGCCGAACUCGAACUCGAACCACUACUACCGACGAGCUUUUACUGUACGGUCCGUUCUAUUUCCUCUCGAUUGGCCACGUGGGAUACUGUGCAGGCGAAAGUUGGGUAAAGUUCCGCGAUUGGGAAGCCUCCGACGCUAUCAAUCCACUUGCAGAGAACUAUGUCACCAGCUACCAUGCAGUUGUCCAAUUGGAUGCUGGCGGCUACGCCGUUGGAGGAGUCUACAUGUUAUACACCGGUAAACUUGCCACGGUGCUCUCAAACCUUCCGGAAGACUAUGAAGGGGAUAAUGGAGGGAAUUCCGGUGCACAUCCCUACACGGACGAACUUCCUGGACCUCUUGAUAUGGAUGGUAAGCCACCUUUCUUCCUAGCAAAGAUCGCUGACAAGUUGGAAGAUCUGAAGCAACCAGGGCCCUUUAAGAUUGAGCCGGUUCUUAAGGAAAGUCAUAAUGUCGUCCGUGUUCGGGUUGCUGGAACCCCAGGCAAGAUUAUCCCGACAGAUCUCUUAGUCUAG